AUGCCUGAUUUUUCUUCUUUCUCCUUCCUCACUCUUCCUCGUGUGGCUGUCCUUUGCCUUCCAACAGGGUCCGCUCUACCGCCUGAGCUCGAGAACUUCGGCCAUCUGGCUUGUCUUGCAUUCCCAAUACCUUCAAUACGGUCGCGUAUCCUCUUUCCCUUCUCGGGCUCACGGGUUCCGUACACCAUGACAAUGGGUUGUGAAACACAUCGGGAUCCGUUCAUGGUCUCGAUCCCAACUGUAGAAUACAACCAGCUAACUCGGACUUCUCGCCGAUACGGUCAGUCAGUUUCUGAGCGAAGCCGUUUGUAUUUGAAAACCUUGUCCUCCCCACAUGUCUCCGUCAAUCCGUUGAACUUUUGUGGAAAAUCAUCACCCAGACUGUGUGCCAAUUUGAUUCUAGGAGGAACUGACGAAGAAACGAUUGCACUUCUCAGUGAGACCCAACCUCAGGAGGAGAUAGACGACCUGGAACGGGAGCAUUGCUUCGAAACAAGCCCCGAAAGCGAGUCGACCUCGCCCCUUGAAAACGAAACCAAUGGCUACCAGAAUAGGCUUGGCGAAUGGGUAGUUUCCCAACCUGAUCCCGCAAAUGAAUAUCCUCCCCGUCAAUCUUCAUUCGGUUCAUAUGUCUCUACAGGGAGUAGAGCAGAGAGUUAUCCCAUCAACUCAGGCCGCCGAGCGCCACGCGAAGGGAACAGAACCAUAGGUCUGUCGAAUCUUGCUGAGGGAACAACUCAUCUCGAUGUCGCCAAUAUGAUUCGAGGUGGCCAAGUUCUGGACAUCUAUCUAAGAUAUAGAGAAAAUACUGCGUCCGUUUCUUUCACACACGAAGCUGAUGCCAAAGCAUACUUGAGCUACGUUCGAAAGCAUGAUCUGUACAUCAAACAAAAGCGGGUCGAUGUCACCUGGAAUGAGCGUCAGUUUAUUCUUUCCGAUCACAUCGCUCGUAAGAUAUCCUCAGGGGCGACUCGGAACCUUGUUAUUCGAAAAUGUGGUCUAAACCAUACUAUGAAAAGCAUCCGAGAGGAUCUCGAACACAUCCACAAUCUCGUUGUCCUCAGAAUCGAGUUCGCUAGGGGAGAUUGUUACAUCAGCACCAACUCGGUCACUGCGGCCACCUUUGCUCGUACUUGCAUGAUGAGUCGACUGAAAUACAAGGGCUCGCGCAUCGAGCAUGACGUCGAUGAAUGCUGCCAGCCUCUGGAUCAGGUGCCUUUCAGACGCCCAAGCCGGCCCAAACCUGCGGUGAAGGAGCGCAGGCCAAGCACAACCACAAACAGAUUCAAUCUGCUCGAUAUGAACCAUGACGACGAGGAGGCAUAG